AGAACUUUUUUUAAGAGCUUUUUAACAGACUUGAGAGAUCAAAACAAACAAGAGAGAGAAUCGCAACACAGCAAAAAAUGGGUUCUGGGAAUAACAACUUCCUCCAAGUUGUGCUCAAGAACUUCGAUGUUCUUGCUUUGCCUCUAGUGGCUCUUGUUUAUCCUCUGUAUGCUUCAAUUAGGGCCAUAGAGACCAAGUCCCGUACAGAUGAUCAGCAAUGGCUUACUUAUUGGGUGCUGUAUUCUCUGAUUACACUAUUUGAGCUCACUUUUGCCAAACUCAUAGAAUGGUUCCCAAUUUGGCCCUAUGCUAAGCUUAUUCUGACAUGUUGGUUGGUCCUGCCACACUUCAAUGGGGCUGCAUAUGUUUACAAGCACUUCGUCAGACCAUUUUAUAUGAACCCACAAAUACAAAUACAAACUUCUCAAAUGUGGUAUAUCCCACGGAAGAAGAACAUCUUUAAUAAGCCAGAUGACAUCUUAACUGCUGCUGAGAAGUACAUUGAAGAACAUGGAACUGAAGAGUUUGAAAGGAUUAUAACCAAGGCUGAUAGAGAAUCAAGAGCCAGGAGAAGCAGCAAUUAUAUGAUCUUUGAUGAUGAUUAUCGGUAUUAAUUAAGUUUUGUCUCUCUGUAUGGUAUUGUGGUUGGUACAAAUCCCAUGGCUAUAUAUUUACCUCUCUUCUAAACCGGAUUCUGUUAAAUAUAUAUAUGAUGAAUAUCGUCUUUAUCUAGUGUUUGGCUUUCUUUUCCACUCUUGAGUCUUCCCUUAGGCUGUGGAAUAUUGGUGCUGUAUCUAAAGGCGUUUUCAUGAAGGAUGUGAAACCAAAGGAGUUUGAUUUGGAAAAAACCAAGGGAAUGGGAUGAAACUGAAAUUUUUACUUGAUGGGUUCAUGAGGAAUAUAUCAACUGCUCCUUUUUA